GUGAGCCUGAGCAAGCUUUCGCUCGCGUCUCGAUAUUAAGGCUAGGGAGCGCUGCUCGCGCCCCACGGCAUCUGUCAACUCCGCUAUAGCUGCGCGAGCAACUCGUCACAGCGGAGUGUGGCUGCACGCACAAAGAGACAGGAGACGCCUGAUAGAUGCACCAACUACAAGGAACGUACUAGCACACUUUGUGUCAUGCAGUUAAACAGCAGCAUGCACUGAAUGAGGAACGCGUCUACAUCUGGGCGACGUAGGAAAACAAGGACCAACGCCGAGGCUUCGGCAGCAGUUCCCGAGCAGCACCUGACUGUACUCAGAAGAUCUCAUUAGACUGUGAUGAACACCGCCAUCUUCCACAGACCUCAGGCAGACGUGACGGCAGCAUCUGCUCGGGGGCGUGUUCACACCUUUGCAGUGUGAGACAUGCUAAAAACGAGCUGCACGUGGAGGGAAGAGGAUUUGCAUCGCUCACACUUCUCGUUCACCCACCUUUUUUCAAUCCCUGAGUGUGUAGGCAGUGCCGCGUUGCCUCUGAAAAGAAGUGAUGUCGCGCCAUCACCACCGGUUCGAGAGGGACUACCGAGGCCCGUGGGAGCGUCGAGACCGGGCCUCCGCCCUCCACAAUGGCGUGGCAAGCAACGCCUGUUCUCCUGCCCCUCCUCUCGCCAAUGGCAACAACCGGCCCGGGCUCCUCCCCCUCCCAGUAAUCCCCUCCCUCCUGCCCACCCCGGUCACCAUCGCCGUGACAACGGCCAGUACGGAGCUGGCAGCGAAGCGGGCGGGGGCCCCGGUUUCGGCGGCGGCGUCUGCUGUGAAGGCUGCAGGGCUUUCUCCUGGUGAUAACCAGACCCCAGGACUCCUCCUGGCUCCAGGGGUGAGAUGGGGCCAGACGCCCAUCAACCAGUCCACGCCAUGGGAUACAGACGAGCCUCCAGCCAAACAGCACCGCGAGAGCGACCCCACAGGCCCCCCGUGGGCACCUCCUGUGGUUGCAGUCAGUCAACCCAGCCUCUUAGCCCACACCUACGGGAUGUCUCAGCCUCCAGGCUACAGCCAGGGCGUCUCUGUCCAGUCACCUGUCAUAGGAGUGACGCCCGCUAUCCAGACCCCGGUCCCUCCCCACCACCCCCUGAUGACUGCCCACUUCCAAGUUCCACCACACUCGUCCCAGCCCCCCGGCAGCCUAGUGCUCAGCCUGCAGAGCCAGUCGCCUUACGUCACCAGUCAGCCACCUAUCACGCCGUCACCCCUGACAACCGGCGGGCAGGUAGCCCAUCCCACUCCUCAGAGUGUGGUGGGGAAUGGCCACCUGACCCACCCACUGAUCCAGCCUCCUGCUUUGCCUUCCGCCGCUCUGCCGGUGACCAAUGGGCAGACCACUCCUCAGCCCCCGCUGACCUCAGCCAAUCAGGAGAGCCCAAAUGGACUUCAGAUGCUCCGUACGGUUGGGAUGGGGAAGUACGAGUUCACUGACCCUGGCCAUCCUAAAGAGAUGUUGAAGGAGCUGAACCAGCAGCGCAGAGAGAAAGAGUUUACAGACCUGAAAAUUAUAGUUGAAGGCAAAGAAUUUGAAGUCCACCAAAAUGUUCUAGCUUCCUGCAGCUUGUAUUUCAAGGACCUGGUGAAAAGGUCCCUCGGAGAGACGGGGAGUGGGGAGAAGCUGGAGCUGAAGAUGACCAGCAUCAGUGCGGACGUGCUGGAGAUGCUCCUUGAGUUUGUGUACACUGGAUCGCUGGUCAUCGACUCGGCCAACGCCAAAACCCUGCUGGAGGCUGCCAACAAGUUCCAGUUCAACACCUUCUGCAAAGUGUGCGUCUCUUUCCUAGAGAAGCAGCUGACAGCGGGGAACUGCCUGGGCGUGUUGGCCAUGGCAGAGGCCAUGUGCUGCACAGAGCUGCACAACAUGGCCAAAGCCUUCGCCCUGCAGAACUUCCCUGAGGUGGCCGGCCAGGACGAGAUUCUCAGCAUCUCCAAGGAGGACCUGAUCGGCUACCUGUCCAACGACAGCCUCAACACCAAGGCCGAGGAGUUGGUCUACGAGACUGUCAUCAAAUGGAUCAAGAGGGACCCUGGCAGCAGAGUUCAGCAUGUGUCAGAGCUGCUGGCCGUGGUCAGGCUGCCAUUCAUCCACCCAAGCUACCUGCUGAACGUGGUGGACAACGAGGAGCUGAUCAAGUCAUCGGAGGCGUGCCGAGACCUGGUCAACGAGGCCAAGCGGUACCACAUGCUCCCGCACGCGCGUCAAGAGAUGCAGACGCCCCGUACCCGGCCAAGGUUGUCUGCAGGAGUAGCAGAGGUUAUAGUGCUAGUCGGAGGGCGGCAGGCCAUCGGAAUGAACCAGCGCUCCCUUACUGCGGUCACCUGCUUUAACCCACAGAACAGCAAGUGGUAUCCGCUUGCUAGCCUGCCUUUCUACGACCGCGAGUUCUUCAGCGUCAUUUCAGCCGGGGACAAUAUUUAUCUGUCAGGUGGUACCGAGUCAGGGGUGACCGUGGCAGAUGUGUGGUGCUAUAUGUCCCUGUUGGACAACUGGAACCUGGUGUCUCGCAUGACUGUCCCACGCUGCAGACACAACAGCCUGGUGUACGACGGGAAGCUCUACACUAUCGGAGGACAGGGUGUAGCUGGGAACCUGGACCAUGUCGAAAGGUACGACACCAUCACUAACCAGUGGGAGACGGUCUCUCCCCUGCCCAAGCCUGUGCAUUCGGCUGCAGCAACGGUGUGCGGGGGCAAGGUGUACGUGUUCGGAGGCGUGAACGAGGCCGGUCGCUCAGCUGGUGUCUUGCAGUCCUAUGUGCCCCAAACCAACACCUGGAGCUUCAUCGAGUCCCCCAUGAUCGAUAACAAGUAUGCCCCUGCUGUCAGCCUCAAUGGAUUCAUCUUCAUCCUGGGUGGAGCCUACGCCAGAGCCACCACCAUCUACGACCCAGACAAGGGCAACAUCAAAGCUGGGUCCAACAUGAACCAUUCCAGGCAGUUCUGCAGUGCUGUUGUCCUGGAUGGAAAGAUUUACGCCACAGGAGGCAUUGUGAGCAGCGAAGGGCCAGCAUUAGGCAAUAUGGAGACCUUUGACCCUUGCACUAACACAUGGACACUUCUCCAGAACCUGCCCUGCCCACUCUUCAGACAUGGCUGUGUGGUCAUCAAGAAGUACAUCCAGAGCGGCUGACCACAGCCAGGCAACACAGCCCUUUUUCCUCAGUGCACUGCAGGGAUCAAAGACAAAGAAUUGCUGGACAUGUCUAACAUUUAAAGACUCCAAAGCUCCCUCCUCAAAACUCCUACCAGCUCUCCUGGGGGGAACAAAGUGGAAUUCCAGUGCCCGACAAGUCUAGACUCUGUAAGGGAUGUAAGCUAACCCUCAUUCACAGGUGUUGUGCCAUUUGGAUACAAUGCAAGCUUUGUUGGCCCACUGCAAAGACUUGUCUUCUCUGACAAACAUUUGUAUGUGUUCUCUUUUUUUUGUGCAUAUUCUUUUGAUAUUUUCCUUCAAUUAUCCAUUCCAGUCAUAACAACUGCACAAUUUUGUUUUGCCAUGAGUCUGAAAUCAAAGAAUCUGUUCUCCCCCUCCCCCCAACCCUUUCUGCUGGGUGUAGUCAUGUCAUGACUUUACAAGACAAAACAGUAUCUUCAUCCAAUCAGAGAGAUUGAGGAUGAGUGCAGAUAUUCUAUGACAUAUCAGGAAAUGUAAUGCAAUACUUCGGCUUGAGUGUGUUUCAGGGUUAUGGUGCUCUAACCAAGUGGAAGUAUGUUUGACAGAAUCAGGGAUGUAAUUCAGGACCUGCAAUCCAACAAAUACCAUCACAAUAAGAGAAAGGACUGGAUGAAGACAAAAGGAUGAGCUUUGUCCUAAAUGCAGCCAAAUCACAAGUCACAUUUAUUUGUCAUUCUGAGGAUAAAAUUGUUCUUUUCCUCCAUUUCUGCAUUUGAUAUGAAUCCACUCACUACAGUGGGACUGAAAUGGAGGUAUUGGGGAUGGAUCUAAUCCUGUAAAAUAUGGAAGGAAUAAAUGUAUAUUUUAAAACUGAAGUAAUUCUGUAUAAAUGUUUUUAGAAAAUUCGAUAGAUUGGACAAAAAUGUCUAUCAAUCUGUACCCAAAAUGGACGAUUUACAUGUUAUUAAUGAUGAGACAAUACAUAUUCAAAAUUCAAAGAAAAAUACACAAUAUUGUGUGUCAUUUUUUCCAUAAAAACAGGCACAGUAUCCAUGGCAACAUUUUUCUCUCUCUUUUUAGUCAGGUGUUUGGGUUUAUAAUUAAUUAUGCAGAUAAUCUGUGGUACCAAGUGAGGGAAAAAUGGCAAUGAAUACAUCCAUUUUUAAAACAAGACAAAAUACCACCCAAGUAACAUACUGCAUAUAAAUUUGAUCAAUUAAACGAUCCAUAUACAACUCCAAAUAGACACUCCUAUUAUUUAUUUGCUAUAGUUUAAAAAAUUGCUUAAUUUAAAAGGUAUAAGAUAUAUAUAAUAUAGAUGUAAUAUAACGUGCUGAGUGGCUGGUGACCACUUCUCAUUAUGGCCAAACCCAUGUUUAAAACAUUCAUUCAACCACCUUCAAAAUCGACAUAAAAUUUAACUGAAAAUUAAAAACAGACAUGAAACAGUUCAACAAAGACUACAAUUUGCACCAUUUAUUCAAGUAUAAUCACAGCAGUUUAUUGGAGAAAUUACAGUAAAUGUAUUAUUUAAACAUAACUUUUACUAAAAUAAUGCUUAAGAAUAGUAACCAUAUUUCAAAUUAGGCUCUAAAUAUUAAGAUAAAAAUGAGGCAAUCACCCUGGCAAUAACAGAAAUAAAAAGCCCCCAAAUACAUGUAAAUCAAUAAAUAAGAAAUAAACUACAGAUUAGAUACAAUCAAUUUAUCAACAAAAAAACCCCAAACAAACAAACAAAAACAAAACAAAAAAAACCCCACAAAACUGCAUACUGGACUAACCUCUGAAGCCCGUCAACAAACUCCAACCUGACUUUUAAUCUGGUGAAUGGAAUGGGCUUAUUUUAAGAAGCUUGAUGACAGAGUGCUCUGUGUGUAGCUCCCCUUCAGGUAGUUAUUAAGGACUGACUCAGAUUGUGAGAUUAUGUUCUCUGAUCCUAGUUCUGUAAUACUUAUUUACAGCCUUGUUCAGGCAGUACAGUAAGCAGGCUGGAGUUUGGUCCAGCAGACUUCUGAACAACAUUGCUACAAGACUGCACCCUCUAAAUACGUUGCCUUGUAUCAUGGAAUUGUACUGGGAGCAACUCAUGGGCCUAGCUCUAUGCAGGCCUAGCACUGUUUUGGCAGGUCAUGUCUAGGGCCUUGAACAUGACUCACACAAUAUCAUGGGUUUUCAAAAUUUUCUUUCAUAUGAUCAAAACAUCAUGGGGUUUUUUUAGAGAACAGAAUAGUGAGAAAUAUGAAGGGGAUAACAUUUUAGUGCCAUGACCAGAACAUAAUUUUUUUUAUUUUAUUUUUUUUUAAUGAAGGCUUCUUGUCUCGUUUAGUUACUUUAAUAAAUAUUUGAAUGAUGUUUCCCA